AUGAACGCCCGAACCCUUGGCUCCGGCACCCAAACCGUAGUCUUGGCUCAUGGUUUUGGCGGCGACCAGUCAAUGUGGGACAAGAUCCUCCCUCACAUGGCCGCCAACCACCGCAUUGUCCUCUUCGAUUGGUGUUUUUCCGGCGCCGUCCUCGACCCCACUCUCUAUGACCCCAUUAGGCACAGUACAUACGAUGGUUAUGCGGUGGAUUUGAUCGGUUUGUUGGAGGAGAUGAAGGUAGAGUCGUGUGUGUUGGUCGGUCACUCCAUGUCGGGUAUAAUUGGGUGCAUCGCCUCCAUUAAAAGGCCCGAGCUUUUCACUAGGCUCGUGCUUCUUGGAGCUUCACCAAGGUUAAUAAAUAGUGAAGACUACGAAGGUGGCUUCGAGUUAUCGGACAUAGAGAACAUGUUCACGAGCAUCGAGUCGAAUUUCGAGGUUUGGUCUUCAAACUUCCCCUAUCUCGCCGUGGACAAAAGUGAUCCCACGUCAGCAGACAAGUUCAGCAAAUGUCUGAAAAGGAUGAAGCCUGAAGUUACACUGUCCCUCGCGAAAACCGUGUUCCUGGGCGACUACAGAGACAUUCUCGACAAAGUGGAGAAGCCGUGUGACAUCAUCCAGACGAGGAGUGAUGUCGUCGUCCCAAAAUCGGUCCCCGAGUACAUGCAAAGGAAAAUUAAGGGGAAACCUACGGUGAAGAUUAUCGACACGGAAGGUCAUUUCCCUCAUCUCACGGCCCAUGUUCAGUUAGUUGAGGUGUUGGAUAACAUUUUACAUGUUGUUAAUUAG